AUGGGGAUUCAGGGCCUGCUCCAGUUUAUCAAGGAGGCUGCUGAGCCUACCCACGUGAAGAAAUACAAAGGGCAGACGGUGGCCGUGGACACUUACUGUUGGCUGCACAAAGGGGCCUAUGCUUGUGCUGAAAAGCUGGCUCGAGGAGAGCCAACAAAUCUUUAUGUAGCUUUCUGUAUGAAGCUUGUUGAUAUGCUCCUCUCAUUUGGAAUUAAACCAAUUUUGGUAUUUGAUGGAUGCACCCUGCCUUCUAAGAAAGAAGUAGAAAAGGCCCGACGAGAGAAGCGUCAGGCCAAUCUUCUGAAGGGGAAACAAUUGUUGCAGGAAGGGAGACUGUCAGAAGCUAGGGAAUGUUUUGGACGCAGUGUGAAUGUUACCCAUGUUAUGGCUCAUGAAGUUAUCAAAGCUGCACGAGCCCGGGGAGUUGAUUGUAUUGUUGCUCCUUAUGAAGCUGAUGCUCAGUUGGCGUAUCUUAAUAAGACUGGCAUAGUCCAAGCUAUAAUUACAGAAGACUCUGAUCUUUUAGCUUUCGGAUGUAAAAAGGUGUUUCUGAAAAUUGACAAGUUUGGAAAUGGACUAGAGAUAGAUCAAGCUCGACUAGGAAACUGCAAGCAGCUGGGAAAUGUAUUUACAGAAGAGAAAUUCCGCUACAUGUGUAUUCUUUCUGGUUGUGACUACCUUGCAUCAAUUCAUGGAAUUGGGCUAGCUAAAGCCUGCAAGUUGCUAAAAUUAGCCAACAAUCCAGAUAUUAUAAAGGUUAUUAAGAAAAUGGGGCAGUACUUGAAGAUGAAUAUAACAGUAUCAGAAGAAUACAUAGAGGGGUUUACACGAGCCAAUAAUACAUUCCUUUAUCAAUUAGUUUUUGAUCCUGUCAACAGAAAAUUAGUUCCUUUGAAUGCAUAUGGGGAUGAUGUUGAUCCACAAGCACUCGUUUAUGCAGGACGACAUUUUGGUGAUGGUACGGCUUUUCAAAUUGCCAUUGGCAAUAUUGAUAUUGACACAAUGGAACAAAUUGAUAAUUAUGAUCCUGACACUGCACAGCCUGUGCAGCAGAGGAGUCGUGGCUGGAAUGACAGAUGUGAUAAUCAUGUGAAUAGCAUUUGGAGCAGAGACUACAAGCUUAACCCUAAUGCAGAUACUGUUCCUCAGAAAAUCUGUUUACCAGAGAAACCAACAACCAGAGGCAUGGAGAAAAUAAUUAGUGUUAAAGGUCUAAAACUUUCAGGCAAAGAGCUCUUGGCAAAAAGGCCAAGGAAUGAUUCAGAAGACAUUUCUGAUGGGGAUCUGUUGAAGCAAUAUUCAUUUUCAAAAGCCAAAAAACUCAAGGAGAGUGAUGAUGAUAAUGGUCAAGCACAAAAGAAUAUCUCAGCAAUACAAAGCCUUGAUUCUUCAGGGCAUUCUGUUACUGAAGAAAGCUCUAACCCCCUGCUUAGAGUUAGAAAUAAAUUUGCUUCCUUUCUACAACGGAAAAACAAAGAGAAAGAUGCUGUAAUUGUUCCAGGAACAAGAAGCAGGUUUUUCUGCAAUGAUGCAAUUAUGUGUGAUACUAGAGCAAAGGAUGAUAGUGAUCUAACUCAAGAUGCUGAGCGUGACUGCCAGAAACAGGAAGUAAAACAUGGAGCAGAAGAUGUUUCUCAAUCUUCAGAAGCUGAGAAAUCAACAAGGACUAUCUUUACACCUCCUGGAGAAACACAAAGAAGUUGCUUCCAGUGGUUUAGCAGCCUUGUAAAUAAUUCAGGAAAUACUGGUCCACCACAUAGACAGCAGUUUCACCAACAGAGAAGGAAUUGCAUGAUAUCCCAGAAAGAUCAGAUUAAUGGAGUACAAACGGAGAGUGGGGCAAUGUGUGGUGAACAGGAGGAGGAAUCCUCCCCCUUGAUGGAACUGGAAGAGUCAUCACAGUCUCAAAGGUCUUAUGAGCCAUUAGUGUGCAGUUUGGAGCCUGCAGAGAUACCAGAAGUGUCUUCUAACAACAGUUCAGAAGAAUCUGACUCCAGUUCAAAAAUGGCUGAUGAUCAACGCGCUCCAUCUCCCGUAUUUUCUGCUGUUCGAACUGACAGAAAAAAUACUAUCAUAAAGACCAAGGUUCCUGGUUUACAUAAAUCCAGCUAUGUAGGGUCGCGUGUUGUAACAAAGCUCAAGCCAUUGAUACCAGCUAAAGUAAGCGGAUUAAGCAGGAAACUGUCACCUGUGCAGAAGAGAAAUGACUGUGAUGCUGAAAAUAAGCUGGGACAGCAAAUCACCAUUAGUGACCUCCGUAAAAACUUCCAAUUUAAAAGAGAGUCUGAAAAGCUUCCCUCUUGUAAAAAGUCAGAUCCGUUGUCUCCUAUCAAAGAUAAUAUCCAGCUCACUCCAGAAACAGAAGAAGAAAUCUUUAAUCAUCUGGAACGUAGUCACGUUCAGAGAGCUAUAUUCCAAUGA